CCCCAAAAAAAAUCACAAAAAAGUGGGAGUUGACGAGCUAAUUUGUUGUGUGUUUUCUUCCGUCGAUUGGCAACUAUUCUCGACGCACCACCCAGCCGCAGCCAUGCCCGGGAUAGAGAAGCUGCCAAUAGAGGAGACGCUGGAGGACAGUCCGCAGACUCGCUCUCUGCUUGGAGUGUUUGAGGAGGACACAGCUGCCAUCUCCAACUACUGCACACUGCUUUAUCAGGCCAUGCACAGGAUCUAUGACGCCCAGAAUGAGCUGAGCGCUGCCACACAUCUGACCUCCAGAUUGCUGAAAGAGUAUGACAAACAGCGUUUUCCUUUAGGGGGCGAUGACGAGGUGAUGAGCUCCACCCUGCAUCAGUUUGCGAAAGUCAUCGAUGAGUUGAGCUCCUGUCACGCCGUUUUGUCCACCCAGCUCGCCGAUGCCAUGAUGUUCCCCAUAAGUCAGUUCAAAGAGAGAGACCUGAAAGAGAUUCUCACCUUGAAGGAGGUCUUCCAAAUAUCUAGUGACGAUCACGACACCGCCAUCAACAGAUACAGCCGCCUGUCCAAGAAGAAGGACAACGACAAGAUGCGGGCUGAGGCGGUGGAGGACGUGUACACCUCGCGCAAGAAGCAGCACCAGACCAUGAUGCACUACUUCUGCUCCCUUAACACGCUGCAGUACAAGAAGAAGACGGCACUACUGGAGCCGCUGCUGGGCUACAUGCAGGCUCAGAUCAGCUUCUUUAAGCUGGGCUCCGAAAACCUCACCCAGCAGUGGGAGGACUUCCUGGCCAACAUCGGCACCAGUGUCCAAAAUGUGCGUCGGGAGAUGGAGGAGGAGGUCAGCCAGAUGCAGGAGACCAUCCAGCAGAUGGAGAGCUCGUGUGACACCCUAUACGCACCGUGCGACCCGGACCCAGUCCACUCCCCCGUGUGUCGAAACCUCACCAGGAAGCAGGGCUACCUCUACAUUCGCAAUAAGACGGGCCUGGUGUCAACGUCAUGGGAACGACAGUACUUCUUCACCCAAGGAGGAAACCUGAUGCAUCAGGGACGGGCCGAAGUGGCGGGCGGCCUGGUCACCGACCUGGACAACGCCUCCGUCAUGGCUGUGGACAGUGACGACCGCCGCUUCUGCUUCCAGGUCACGUCCUUCGAUGGCAAAAAAGUUGUGACACUGCAGGCGGAGAGCAGAAAGGACUGCGAGGAGUGGAUCGCCACCAUCAACAAUAUCUCUCGCCGCAUCUACCUGAGCGAGAACGCCGAGGAAGUGGCGGCAAGAGCCAACCAAUCAGCCAUUGAGGCGGUGACCCCGUCGCCAUCCUUCCAGCAGAGACACGAAAGCAUGCGGCCAGCCAGCAAGGGUCGCGUGGGCCGAACAAGCAGCAUCAGCUCUGCUGGCUCCGAGCCCUCGCCCGCCCUCUCUGUGCUCUCAUUGGACGCCCUGGUUGCCCCAGACACGCCCAUCCAGUUUGACAUCAUCUCACCUGUCAGUGAGGAGAACUCUGGACACAGCAAGACGGCAGCUCAGUCUGGCAGGAGAAGUAACCCAUUCGGAGAGUCAGGUGACAACCCAGUGACGGAAAACGAAGACUCGAUCCUUCACCAGCUCUUCAUUGUUCGCUUCCUGGGCUCGAUGGAGGUAAAGACUGCUGAGUCGGCGGAUGUCAUCCCCGAGACCAUGAGGCAGAUCCUGGCGGCCCGGGCCAUUCACAACAUCUUCAGGAUGACCGAGUCACACCUGCUGGUCACCUGCGACUGCCUCAAGCUCAUCGAUCCCCAGACACAAGUUACUCGCCUCAGGUUCCCCCUGGCCAGCGUGCUACAGUCGUCCUCCCACCAGGACAACAAGAGGCUGUUUGGAUUCAUCCUGCAGACGGCGGGCGGCGGGGGGCCCGACAGCCGAGUCGUGUGCUACAUCUUCGAGUCCAACGAUGACGGCGAGAAGAUCUGCGACAGCAUUGGCCUGGCCAAGCAGAUCGCCCUCCACUCUGCGGUGGACCACAAGGCGGCGGAGAAGAGGAAGGAGCAAGACAAGGCCAAAGAGAAGCAGCAGGAGGAGCUCAGCAAGCAGAAACAAAUUGAGAAGGAUUUGGAGGAGCAGAGUCGCCUCAUCGCCGCUUCAAGUCGCCCCGGCAACCCUUCGGCGCCCGACGGACACUUCGUCGUGCUGAGCAACAGCCAGUCCGAGGACAGCGACGCCGGCGGCGAGGAGGGCCCGAAGAAGGGCGAGUCGGAAGCCUGACACCUAACAGAACGCAUGUCCCAACACACCAGACCACGCUCAGGAAGCAACACCUGAUGAAAAACUAUAUCAUCAUCUCUGGUUACUGACUCUUAGAAAUGCUUUUAUACUCGCUCCUGUUAACUACCAAGCAACCUUUUACUUGUGCAUUUUACAAACAAGCUCUCAUGUUGAGUUUGGAUGCUAAGCUCCGCCUCCUGGCACUGAUGACUGCAUUGUUAAAGCCUUUAAGGCAGGCCUGGGCAAUUAUUUCGACUCGGGGGGCCAAAUUUUGAGGAAAAAAAUAUGUCUGGGGGCCGGUAAAUUUAUUUUUAGGAACACUAAUACAAAACCUCACAAUAAUGUCUUAUUGAAUGCUAAAAACGGAAUGGAAUUUUACAUAUUCUACUGAAUGAGACACCCAGAAUGUACAUGAAAAUAAAGAAUUUGGGAUUUACAAUAUUAACUACGAAGGAUAAAACACUGAAUAUUGACAACAUAUGAACGUCACACCCCUUCUCGAUCGACAUAUUUUACAAUCAAGCGAAACGCAAGAAAAAUGCAACGAACAGUGAAAUAAGAAGGUGAAGGGUAAAAAAACCCCACCUACGAUCUGAUACAUCACUAAGCUUUAGAACUUUGCUGUAAAAAUCUCCUUCCGCGUCUGUCCCUGACACACAUUUCAGGCUCUGGAAACACUGUGGAAACGCUCCCCAUCCACACUGCUUGGUGCCUUGUCUGAGCUGCUGUGAUUUAGAUUAUCAUAGUAACUAAUUAGAUUACCAUAGUAACUAAUUAGAUUACCAUAGUAUCAUGCAAAAGCGCAGAUUCCAACCAUUGAAAUACUUUGUAUCGUUCAAGACUUACGGUCAUUUGAAAACAUCACUGCACAUCAUAAUGGAAGCUACAGUUUAGGUCUAAAAAGUUAUUUGGGAAUGUCCGGUGGGCCAGAUUGAAAAGCUUAACGGGCCGCAUGUGGCCCCCGGGCCUUAAUUUGCCCAGCUCUGCUUUAAGGGAUAAAAAGACGAGGGAAGACACCACCACUUUUAAAAAUCACCUUGAUUGUGGUUCUAUUCUUAAUUAUGGACGAUUGUUCCGUCAUGACAGCAGGAGUUUGAUGGUUUUGUUGUUCUGAUCCAAAAGCACUCUUAUUUCAUACUUGACCGUUUUACUGAAGGCAAAAGUUGGCGUUGAAGGUUUCAAUGUUAACCUCCUCAAUAACAAUGAUGACAUUAGUUAGGCUUGAUAUUAAGAAAUGUGUUUAAAUCCACAAAGAAUGUCACUGAUGGAUGUGUGAUUGUUGAACUUUUAUGAGAAAAUCAGUACGUUUACUAAAGAUGAUUACGUCUUUGUUGGGAGUGUUUGUUUUUGCGGCAGGCGGGGGAAAAAAAGCUCAUGUUGACCGUUCAGCACUUUACUAUGUUGGACUGUAAAUACGACUCAAUGUCUAAUUAAUCACAAAAAAAAAAGCUUUUUACACACAAAUAAAGCACUAACCCCACAGUUGGCAUAU